GCAAAUAUGGCUGCGUCUGUGGAUGUACACGUACGAAUUUGUGAACAAGAAAUAAUCAAAUAUGACUUGGAAAUAAAAGCUCUCAUUCAGGAUGUCAGCGAAUGCACAGGCCCACCAAGUACACUGAAUGAUUUAAACUACAAAGUAAAGGAGAAAUUUAGCCAACUUAGGCAACGGAUUGAGGAUCUAGAACAAAUGGGAAAGGAACAGGACAGGGAGUCAGACAAGCAAGCCUUACUCAGUCAAGCGGAGGGACAUCGGAAGCAAAUGCUCAGUAAUCAGACAGCAUGGAGAAAGGCCAAUCUGGCCAGUAAAAUAUCCAUCGAUAAGCUGGAGAAAGAAGACCUGCUCCAUGGGGGAGACACUGUGGUGAGACAGAGGAAGCUAACCAAAGAGAGCCUGGCUCAAACGUCCAGUGACAUCACGGAGAGCCUGAUGAGCAUCAGCCGGAUGAUGUCGCAGCAAGUCCAGCAGAGUGAGGAGACCAUGAGCACUCUCGCCACUUCCUCGAGAACCGUGCAGGAAACCAAUGAAGAAUUUAAAGCCAUGACAGGAACCAUACAGCUGGGGAGAAAGCUCAUCACAAAAUACAAUCGGCGAGAACUCACGGACAAGCUGCUCAUCUUCCUGGCUCUGGCCCUCUUUCUCGCCACUGUACUCUACAUCCUAAAGAAAAGACUCUUCCCGUUCCUUUGAGGGGAAAAAAGGCAUUAAAUGUCAAGCAGAGCCUGACUUGACUAGCCCGACAACUAUCUUCAAAUUGGUCUUCUGCGUCAGUGUGCAGCUGAUGGAAAGGAACUGCGUUUUACCAUGUCUUAUUAUUUAUUUUUAUGUUUGUUCUUACUGUCUGACCUUACUCUUGUUGUCUCUGGGACCCUUCAGUCUCUCUUACAAUAAGUGACCAAGUUUAGUUGCCUUUUUUGGUUAGUAACUGACCAAAGUUACUCACUAUACCCUCUCUAUGUAAUCAUUCCUAUAUGUUACAAGCAUUCCAUUGUAGAUGCACGCUAAAGCAACUGUCGCUUUAGCCACAUAAAUUGAAAUUAUAGUGUCUUAUGGAUGACUGAUUAUGCUUAAGAAAAAUGAAACGUUCCCUAAAUUGUAUAGGUUAAACAAGACAAAACUGAACAAAAUACACCUACUCAUUAUUCUUUGUCUUGCAUUAUAACACAGGAAUUACUAAUCUUUCCUGUAAUCCGUAAUAGAUAAUAUUUACAACAAGUUACAACAAGACAUUAUAGACUCAUUUCAUGUUUCAUGUACUGUCAUUUAAUAUCAUGUGCAAUUAAAUGAAUGGCUUCUAAUUUGAUUUAGGUUUCAAAGUAUAUAAUUUCAUAUUUUAUCAAUUAUUUAUGGAUUGUC